CGAGCAUGAAUACGGAUAAAAAGCUCUUAAACGUCAAAUUCCAACAAGGUCCGAACAAACAUUUCGAGUGAUCCUCCUUCGAAUAGAAAGCACAAAUUCUAACCAAAAAAAGAAACCAACAGGGCUGGAAAAGAGGACAGAAACCACACAUUCCCUAAGGACCUAUUCCCCCUCUACCGAUCUUUCGUGAACCACACGCGACUACUGUUAGUGUCUCAAAGAAGAAAAAUAAUUAUCCAAAGCGAAGCAAAGAGUGAUCUGGUCGGGGGUAUAUUCCAGGCGUCGUCGAACGGGGGAGGAAGCAGAAAUGCCGGAGGGACAUUUUGAAAAUCUUUGCAUCGACGCAUGCGCGGGAAUACACUCGACGUCUGAUGGAGCGCGAUGAAGCUGCCCCUCGGUGGAUGAAGAGAAGGGUCGAAACCCGGAGAAGAGAAACUGUGCUCUGGCUGUGUGUGUGUCUCUCUGAUGGUGCGCCGACGUCGGUCGUGCCAGGACACACCGGGUGUCGCGACGUGUGAAUCGACGAUCGUGUUUCGUUGAUUAUCAUUAAAAAAAAAAAAGAAAUCUGAAAAAAACUAUCGUCGUUGUGAAAAGUCGAUUUUACCCAAGUGGUGGUAGUGGUGUUCGCCAAACUGCAACGACAAACGGAAGCAUGCCGGGCGAGAACAGGGAGAAACAGCCGCCGAGCCAGACCACUUCCGGUGGCAGGCGUGACGCCGCCACCGCUGCGUCACCGUCGAAGACGAACGAGCUAGAGAGGACACCUCCUCGUGGCGGCUCGAUGAUUCCUCUUCCGCGGACGACACCACAGAAUCCGAAGACCGUUAAAACUGAGAAGAAUCGUCUUCGGUUGAUCAUGGAGAACAAGGGGCUGACGGACACCCUCGAGAAGGAGCGAAGAAUCGACACGACAACGACAGUGGACAGGGACGAGGAAGGAUAUCGCGUGUCCUGCGGUGAAUCGACCAACACGAUGAGACACUGCGACGUGUCCUGCAACCCGUAUCGGUGCCCUUCGAGAAAGGUGAUUCUUUCUGUCUUUCUCUAUUGUUCGGUGGCGGCUGGAUUCCUCUUGUUUUCUCCAAAGCCGGCCGUCACAGUGCUGAUCGAUCAUCGAUGA